AUGUCCGUAUCACGACUUAUUCGCAGUCUGCGACCUAUGUCGCUGCCAUCAACCCGCAUGACAACCCGCUCAUUCGGCUCUACAACCCUACGCCUCAAAGAUGAUUCGCACGUCCCAGCCUACCCCGGCAAGAUUGAACACUUCACCGGUGGUCGCCAGGAGACUACUGGCGCUGCAAAGCCAGAGCUUGGAGUCGGUGAGAUGGAAGGUAUUACCUUCAAGGUUGAGCCGUUGAAGCGGGUUGGCGAGGACAUUACAACCAAGCGAGCUCGGCUACUUUACCAAAGCCGAAAGCGCGGAAUUCUGGAGUCCGACCUCCUCCUCUCUACAUUCGCCGACGUCUACCUAGGAAAAAUGACCGCCGAGCAACUACAGGAAUAUGACAGUUUCCUCGACGAGAACGACUGGGACAUCUACUACUGGUCAACGCAAGACCCGCCGGCCGACGAAGCUGUAAACCUGUCCGAAGACACAGUCACUGAGAACUGGAAACAGCGCGCAGCUAAGAGCGGCGAGUGGGCGCAAACAAUUGGCGCUUUCCGAGCUGCAUACCGACCUGUGCCGGCGCGGUGGAGCGGCUCUGAGGUUUUGGAGCUACUGAAAGCUCAUGUAAGGGACAAGAGUGCUCUCGGAUUUGAGGCGGCGAAGAAUAAGAAGACUGGUGGUGGCGGUGGUUUGGGUCGGAUGCCGGAUGUGCAGGUUUUUGACUCGUAG